UCUCAGAGAGGGCCAAGGAAGUUGUCAGCGAGUGAGUUCACUAGGUAUAUCUUGGAUGUUGUCCAUAAGCUACCAGGACCAGAAGAAGAGGUGUUUGAGAAUAUGGUUGAAUUUCUAACCACCAGUGUUGAGCGUACACAAACAGAGAAACUGCGAGGAGCCAGCCGGAGAAAGUGGCUGCAACACAUUCAGACAGUUUCUGAAACCAGUGGUGGGAGACUGGAGGCUGUAUAUAGAGCUGUAUUUCAGGCCCUUUACAAGGAUGCAGAGGCCCAUGGAAAUAACAAAAAGAUCAGUGCAAAUAUUGGCCUAUUGGAGCAAAGCUCACCUGGAGAAAGAUGGAAUGAGGUUCUACGUUAUGUUGCUUGUACCUCAGAGGAUGCUCUAUAUGUAUUAAAUAAGACACUACACAGAGACAUGAAUGGUGUCAGUUUUGCAGCAGUGGACAGCGGGAUACCGCAGCAUGUGCCUCGAGUUCAGUAUCAUGGUAACAUACAGUUCUGGAACAAAGAUCGCCCAGAAGAAGAGCGGAAAGGAUCCCUCAUUGUACUGCCGCUAAUAGAUGCACAGCAGCGGGUUUUUGGGACUCUUGGCAUUGACACUCUAAGAGAACCUCGGGAUAGAAAUAUCUUCCUUACACAUGAAAUAAGCUUUUACCAGGGUGUGACAAAUGCAUUCAGUUCAGCAUACCACCAUAUACAGAGGAAGAGGAAUAUUCUACAACUUGUGAGCAGUGCAUUUGCCUGGAUUUAUAGCAGAGCUCCCAACAUCCGAGUUAUCAACACUUACCUAAUGGAGCCCUGUGCAGACAAGACACAGGGUUAUGUGUUCCGAAAUAUGAUGCACACAGACAAUAACACAGGCAUAUCUGAGAUCUACACUAGUCCUGCCACACUGAGACGGCAAGACAACCUGUUCAGGGAUUACCUGUUCAAGUGUGCAGAUAGCUCUGAAGUUAUCACCACUGAUGCCUAUGGAGAACGUCAUAUUGCUGUACCCAUCCGUGACUAUACAGGAAGAGCUUUAGGUGUAUUGGACCUAAACACUGGCCACUGUAAAGAACUGCCCCCUCAUGAGUAUCAGGAUCUGCAAAAGAUGCUACAAAUGUUGCAGGAAGCAUGCAAUGAACUUCUGGAUGAUCAGCAAUUUAAGGAUUCAGCAGAAAAGGCUGUCUUAGAGGCAGAACAGGGAUCUGGACAGAGAAAAGUAGGAGUCCUGUUCCAUCGCUUCAUGUUGCAG